AUGUUAACUCGAUUUAUCUCUGCUGUUGUAUAUAAUCAACAGUCGUUAGCAACCAAAUCACUUCGUUUAUUAACAACAACUGCAACAAAGUUAAGUGAUAGUGAUCAUGUAAGAUCGAAAGCUUUAGAAAAAGCUUCUCAUGAUCUGAAAACACGUAAAGAACAACGAUGGUUAGAUACUGUAGCUUCAGAUAGUGAAGCCAUUGUCAAAGGAGAAAAGCAACAUGCAAGAAAACAAGGUGAUGACAAAAAGGAUAUGACUGAUCUUCAAACUGAUACAAUUAAAGCAAUUGAAGAAAAAGAUAGAAAAGGUCAUCUACCACAAUUCGAUGUUGGUCGACAUGAUACACCUGAAUCUCGCAUUGGCAGUGGAGUUUCAUCUGUACUUGGCACAAGACUAAUAUUCAAUAUCGAUAGAAUCGAUGAACUAACAGAUGGCGAAAGUCUUAGAACAAUUUUUUGGUACAAAGGUAUUAUUGAUUUGAAACCAUUAUAUACUUUUGCCAAUCAAUCACGAUACCAUAUAAUAAAUCGAACAAAACUUUUAAUAAAAAAAACAUCUAUUGGUGAUGAAGGAUUUUAUACAUUAAAAAUUCAAACGAAAUUAAAUACUUAUAAACAAUAUCUUUAUCAUGUAAUCUUAUUUACACAAAAUCUUUCACUUUUCAUAACUCCACCAUCAUCUCAACGAAUUACUUAUCAUGCUGAACAAUCGAUCAAUUUUACUUGUUCAAUAUCUUUAUAUGCGGAUCGUACUUAUAUUGAACAAACACGUUCUUUAUUUUCAUCGACUUGGUUUAUGAUUAUCUAUAAUAAUGAUCCUGAUCAUUAUCAACUACUUUCAUCAUCAUCAUCAUCAUCUAUUUCUUAUAUAUAUACAGCUUAUCUUUUCAAUUAUGAACUUAAUCAAAAUGAUCAUAAUCAAACAGUAUCUUGUGCACUUAUUCAACAAGAUUUAAAACAAAUCGUUAUACUUAAUGUUACUUUAACAGAUAUUUUAAAUAUUGAAUAUAAAGCAUAUUUAUAUGGUAAUUAUUAUUUUACACGUUCAUUUAAUAGUUAUUCAUCGAUUGAAAUUAAUUGUGAAGAAUUUAAUGGAAAUCCAAAACCAGUUUAUAGUCUUAUAUGGAUGUUAAAUGGAGAAAAUCAAACAUUAUUGAAUAAAACAAAAUACGGACGAUAUUUUAUUAAUAAUGCUACUUGGCGACAUAGAGGAAAUUAUACAUGUCUUGCUGAAAACUAUCUUAAUAAUCAUCAACCAGUCCAUCAAUCAUUUCGUCUUAAUAUUUGGUUUAAUGAACAUCAAUCAAAAAUUCAACAUUCAACAAAAUUAUUAUCAUUAAAACAACCGUUUCAAUCAAAUAGAACUAAAUCAAUUAUUUUAAUAUUUCUAAUUAUAGUUUUUCUUUUUUCUUGUAUUUUCUUCAUUUUAUCAUUGUAUUAUUUUUGUUUACAAACUAAAUAA